AUGUAUAAAUAUUUGUUCAUUUGCGUCAUAUUGAUUACGCUAAAUGCAUUGGAUAAUGGAUUAGGUAGAAAACCUCCUAUGGGAUGGAAUCCAUGGAAUAAAUAUGGCUGCAACAUCAAUGAAGAAAUUGUCAGACAGACCGCUGAUGCUUUGGUUAAAACUGGAUUGGCAGCUGCAGGAUACAUUUACUUAAAUUUAGAUGAUUGCUGGUAAUCAGCCAGAGACCCUGCUACCAAAAAGAUAAUUGCAGAUCCAGUCAAAUUCCCCUCUGGAAUUCCAUCAUUGGUCUAAUAUGUACAUUCAAGAGGAUUGAAGUUUGGAUUAUAUUCAGAUGCUGGUAUGUAAACCUGCGAGGGCAAACCAGGUUCAUUAGGAUAUGAAGAGAUUGAUGCAUAAACCUAUGCUGAAUGGGACAUUGAUUAUUUGAAGUACGAUAACUGUCAUACUGAUGGUACCUCUCCAAAAGUAAGGUAUCCUCCAAUGUCUGCUGCUUUAAUGAAAUAGACCAAGAAGAUCUAUUUUUCAAUGUGUGAAUGGGGUUUGGAGAAACCAUGGUUAUGGGCUCCACCAAUAGCAAAUUCUUGGAGAACCACCGGAGAUAUUUCAGAUCAUUGGUAUUCCUUCAUUGCUAUUUUGGAAGAAUAAGCCAAUUUGGCAUAAUAUGCUGGACCAGGACAAUGGAAUGACCCAGAUAUGCUAGAAGUCGGUAAUGGAGGGAUGAAAACUCACGAAUAUCAAGCUCAUUUUGCUUUGUGGGCAAUUUUGAAGGCUCCACUACUUAUUGGUUGUGAUAUUACAAACAUGAGUCAAGAUACGAAGAAGAUAUUGAUGAAUCCAGAGGUUAUUGCUGUUAAUUAAGAUAGUUUGGGUAUUUAAGCUACCAGAGUAAAGAAGGUGUUGACAAGUGAAGUCUGGGCUGCUCAAGUUGCUGAUAACGGUGCUGGAGUAGUUGCAGUUCUCUUUAAUCAAGCAUCAUUAUAAGAAUCGAUAACUAUUGAAUUUGAUAAGUUGGGAAUUAGCGGAGAUUAGAAUGUCAGAGAUCUCAUUAAUUAAGUUGAAUUAGGAGUAGCAACUGUCAGUUAUACUACUCAAGUUCCAGCUCGUUCAGUCGUUAUGGUCAAGUUUAGAAAUGCCCGUUCUGAAUAAUGA